GUGACGUCACGGUAGAAAGAGGGGCCUCGGAGCUCCAGUGGAUCUUCUGUCAUCCAUCGAUCAGACAGGAAGCAUCAUGCUGCGAGCCGCGUUGUUCUCUCGGACUCUUCCCGGACUCAGUCGCCUGUCGACGAAUCUCUACUCGUCUCUCGCCAUCCCCGCGCCGAGCUGCCGGCCCGAGGUCCAGUUCAACCAGCUGUUCAUCAACAACCAGUGGCAGGAUGCAGCGAGCGGGAAAACCUUCCCGACCAUCAACCCAGCGACUGGGGAAGUUAUUUGUCAAGUGGCCGAGGCUGACGAGGCAGAUGUCGACAAGGCAGUGAAAGCAGCGCGUGAUGCCUUCAGGUUUGGGUCACCGUGGCGACGGAUGGACGCCUCUCACCGUGGACUUCUGCUCCACCGAUUGGCCGACGCCAUCGAGAGGGACACAGCCUAUCUGGCCGAACUGGAGACGCUGGACAACGGGAAGCCGUACGCGGUAUCCUACGCUGUGGAUGUUCCCCACGUGGUGAAAUGUCUCAGGUACUACGCAGGCUGGGCGGACAAAUGGGAGGGAAAGACCAUCCCCAUCGACGGAGAUUAUUUCUGCUACACCAGACAUGAACCCAUCGGCGUAUGUGGACAGAUCAUACCUUGGAACUUCCCUCUGCUGAUGCAGGCCUGGAAACUCGGCCCUGCCCUCGCGACCGGCAACACUGUGGUGAUGAAGGUCGCGGAGCAGACGCCGCUCACAGCGCUCUAUGUCGCCAGCUUGAUCAAAGAGGUGGGUUUCCCAGAAGGUGUUGUGAAUAUCCUGCCUGGCAUGGGCCCUUCAGCAGGGGCUGCGAUCGCAAGGCACAUGGAUGUUGACAAGUUGGCCUUCACUGGAUCCACAGAGGUGGGUCAUCUGAUCCAGCAGGCUUCAGGCAACAGUAACCUGAAGAAGGUGACUCUGGAGCUGGGAGGAAAGAGUCCGAACAUCAUCCUGUCCGACGCCAACAUGGAAGACGCAGUGGAGCAGUCGCACUUCGCUCUGUUUUUCAACCAGGGCCAGUGCUGCUGCGCCGGCUCUCGGACCUACGUCCAGGAGGAGGUCUACGACGAGUUCCUGGAGAGGAGUGUGGAGCGAGCGAAGAGGAGGGUGGUGGGAAACCCCUUCGACCUGAACACCGAACAGGGACCUCAGGUGGAUCAGGAGCAGUUCAACAAGAUCCUGGGCUACAUCAGUAGCGGGAAGAGGGAGGGAGCCAAGCUGAUGUGUGGCGGCGGAGCGGCCGCCGACAGAGGAUACUUCAUCCAACCCACCGUGUUCGGAGACGUCCAGGACGACAUGACCAUUGCCAGGGAAGAGAUCUUCGGUCCAGUCAUGCAGAUCCUGAAGUUUAAAUCUCUGGAGGAGGUGGUGACGAGAGCCAACGACUCGAAAUACGGCCUCGCAGCCGCCGUGUUCACAAAGGACAUCGACAAGGCCAACUACGUCUCCAACGGGCUGCGUGCCGGCACAGUCUGGAUUAACUGUUACGACGUGUUUGGGGCUCAGGCUCCAUUUGGAGGUUACAAGGCUUCUGGUAACGGCAGAGAACUUGGAGAGUAUGGUCUGGACAACUACACAGAAGUCAAAACGGUGACCAUCAAGGUGCCGCAGAAGAACUCGUAGAUGCUUUUGUCACAUUUACAUUUAUGUGUGCACUUAUAGGACUGACUCAACCCCUGAUUGGAUGACUGUCCAUGUCCUACAGAAAACCGUUCAUGACUUUUCUGCCUUGAUGUUAAUCGUAAAACGAUCUCUUUUUGUAAUCUGAGAUUUCUGAGAUUUCUUAUUUUUCUGAAUAAAUGCAUUGGAGGCGCUC